AUGGUGAGCGAUAGCCUAUCUUUGAGUCCACAACUGGGUCCCAAAAAGAAAAUCAAAGCACCCAAGAAGACUAAAGCGGAGCUAGAAGAGGAGCGGCGCUUGCAAGAGGAACGAGAGGCACGACUGCGGGCUGAAGAGGAGAAGCGCCUUGAAGAAGAUCGAAUCAGAAUUGAGGAAGAGGAAGCUCGACGCUUAGAGGAGAAUACUAGGAAUCGUCAAGCUGAGUUGGCACGUCUAGUGCACGAGCACAAAGAAGCCAAAUCGGGUCUGAAGGCCAAAGCUGUGCGGCUUGCUGAAUUGUUGCGCAUGCAAAAAGAAGCCAAGGAUUGGGAAAACUACCUAGCAUGUCAACCUCGACCGAACGCAGAAAUCGAAGUUGACAUGAACUCCUUUCUUCACUCGUGGGAAGUUGAUACGACCACUUUACAAUUGGACUUGCCCGCUGUCAUCACCGCUUGCGAAAGUGCUACGGAGGUCAUGGAGGAUCUGAACUUUGUAGCUGCAAACGCAUGUGCGACCAAUGAUCACGCACUCCAAAUGCAGUGUGCACGCUUUCUAUCUCAACUUCAGAAACUUGUUGUUGAAAAGGUUGAUGCUGUUACUGCUCGAGUUCUUCAGUACGCUGAUGAGUUCGCGGACGUGACCCCCAAUAUGUCAAAUAAUAUCAAUUCACGUGGCGAAUUUAAAUUAGCGAGUGCUUCUUCCAAAUCGGGUUGUGUACAAGUUGGGCUGUGGGUCAAUCUAUUUGCCAAAGGGUUGUCGCGCACUAAACGAGUAGAGUUUGUCGAGCUUGGUGCCACCGUUGACCUCCCUAAAGCUGUCAUUGCUCAGUCACUGGCACUGCGUGUGGCAUUUUGGCCGUUUGAUACUUUUUCUUCUGUUUCAAAAGGUUUCGGAAAUGAUAUAGCACUGGGUGGAGUCUUCUCGCUCGAGUUAAUGGCUGUGCCAACACCCCCGAAGCGUGCUCGCGGCUGGAUUAUGCGGGAGAUCCCCAGUGCGCGAGAUCAGCUCAAGAGACUACACUAUCCUUUGGAUGGUAUGGUGGCUUCUACUGCAUUGCCAAUCAAAGCUACUUACACCGUGCCGAAAGACGUGUUGCUCGAAACAAAAAUUAAUCAAGCUGCAAGAGUUAAACCUCGAAUUGGCUGGUGGGAUACCACGCAAAUGCAAUGGGCAGAAGAAGGUGUGAGCGAUGUUGUUUACCAAGAGGACACUCACUCCGUCAGCUUCAGUACAUUGCACCUUACUCACUUGGCUUUACUUGUUCGACGCGAUCGCAAUUAUCAUAAAAGCUCGUGGUCAUUAUGUAUGGUGACUAGUCAAAGACAAGAUGAGGAUGCUAGAUUUGACUACAGUCAACCCGGAGAUAAUGAGCUUGGAGAUAUGCGUGCUUCUCUUACGCUAAGCACGGCAAUGCUUUCCCGCAUUCAGUUUGAAAUCACGCCUUUUGGUGUCCAACUCGUCGAACCCGACUUUCCGCAACUCGAAGCCUUGCGGAAAAAUGUGCUGCCUCCUGGUGAAUUGCUGGUACGACUUGCACAUGCUGGAAUUGAUCUAUGUCCUCCACCUGAGAUGAACGAUGUUAGCGGAGAAAGAGGUGAGGGACAAUCACCGCGACCCUAUUGUGCAACCAAGUUCAAAACAUUUGAAGACCGUGUUAUAGAUGAGAUUGCUGGUGUUUCAGCCGGCGUUGAAAUCACCGAUGGCAACGAUAAUGCUGGCAGUUGCGGGUUAGCAGCCACAUACUGGCCAGGAGCGAUUGGCAAUAGCAAGCAGAUCGUAUUUUCUGUCAAAGAGAUAUCGUGGCCCUACAUGUCUGACGAUUACGAAGGCAAUCAAGAACCAACUGGAGAGGAUGAGAGUACUAGCAUUGCGAUCAGCACUGAGCGCGUUUUGGUACUAGCUGAGGCUGACGAAGAAGCUAAAGGAGGGGGUGUAAAGUUUCGAUUGGGUCGUACGGAUAUUUGCUAUGGAGAAGAAAGAGAUAAUGAAGACAUUUACAAUACGCACGUGCAUCUUCGCCAAGCGUUGGACGAGAUAAUGUCACCGGAUGCUCGUGACCGAAUUGACAAUUCACACGUGCUAUUUGAAAUGAAUCUGCAGAAGAUGCUGCGUUUGCUUCGCCUUUUUAGCUUUUCGCAGCCAUACUUGCUGCCUAAAGAGGAAGAUGAGUUUGAAAAGGAUCAAGAUACUGGCGAGCCAGUCACAGAAUGUCUUGUGAAGGAGAAAGAAGGCACUGUAGACCUCGAUAAUGCAACAAGUGCCGAGGUUGAGACAAAAUCAGAACUUGUACAUGUUCCCAUCGAGACCAUAUAA